UUAUUUGUGUUGAAAUGGUGCACAUGGAAUGUGUUUGUUUAGGUUGAGAAUACUCCAUAGAACUAAAAAAGAUUGAAAGGGUUUAUGGAUAUUAGUUAUGAAUGUUUGAUUUGAUUUGAUAUUUGUUUGUAAUUCUCUACAAUUAAUAGAUCUUGUUUUUCAUCUAUAGAUACAAGUCAGUUGGAUCAAAUCACGUUAAAUUAUUAUCUCUUAUGUGUUUGAUUUAUUGUUUGAUUAUACUUCCGCUGAUGUGAAUUAGAUUGGAGCUUUUGGCCUAACACUUUUAUCUCACUAAGAUGCCUCUCAGUACCACAAAUCAGCUUUCUUUCUUUGUUUUCUUUGUUGUACUUCUACUUCUUUCUUUUAGUUGUAAUGCUGAAGAUUUUUAAAUUAAAAGCCAAGAUAUCUGAAGAUCUCAAUUCCCAGAUAAUUUUCUGUUUGGCACUGCUAUAUCUUUAUAUCAGGUUGAAGGAGGAUAUUUUGAUGAUGGUAAAGGCCUCACGAAUUGGGAUGUUUUCAGCCAUAUUCCAGGUAAACAGGAAAUGUUGAUUGCAGCAGAGCAGAACAAUAUUUUAUUUCUUAGUCAAACUAUUUUGUCCACACAUAUGCAUAAAACUGAACUCUUUGAUGAAUUAGCUUUCCCAGGGAACAUUAAACAAAAUGAAAAUGGAGAUGUUGGAGAUGAUGAUUACCAUCUGUUCUUGGAAGAUACGAGAUUGCUCAUUCUCUUGGGGCAAAUGCAUAUCGGUUUUCGAUUUCAUGGGCCAGAAUUCUACCAAUUAUGUUCCUCAAAACCAGAAUUUCAUUUGAUUAUAUUUAAGAUUAUAACAAUUUUAAGAUCCUUCAAUGGUGGAACAGGAGGAAGGUUUGGUGAAGUCCAUCCAAGUGGAAUCAAGUUUUAUAACAAAAUUAUAGACAACGUCUUGGUCUGGGGAAUUGAACCAUUUGUUACAAUACACCAUUUUGAUCACCCACAAGAACUGGAGGAUAGAUAUGGGUCUUGACUCAGUCCUCUGAUGCAGUAAUUUCUCAGUUUCUCUUCUUAUUCAAACAGUUCCAUAUUAUAGCCAUAAUCAAACCUUUAGGACAUUGAGCUCCUUUUCUUUUGUGUAUGCUGUUAGGUGGCCAAAAUUCAGUGCUUUUGUAGGGAGGAUUUUGUUCUUUUGGCUGAAACUUGUUUCAAGAGCUUUGGUGAUAGAGUUAAGUACUGGACAACUAUCAAUAAGCCAAAUAUGUUUGCAGAAAUGGCCUAUAUUAGGGGCAUUAUCCACCAGCUCAUUGUUCUGUUGGCAAUUCAAACGUAGAGCCUCUAAUCGUUGUGCACAUGUUAUUGUCACAUGUCAAGGCUGUUAAGCUAUACCGAGAACAUUUUCAGGUUACAGGAUGAGAUUCUGAAAAUAUUUUCUAGCUUGAACUUUGCUUGAGGAUAUUUUUCUUACUUGAAUUCGAUGCUGCUGCAGCCAAAACAAGGUGGUCCUAUAGGAUUAACUACAUGUAUGAACCAUUAAGAGAUGGAGAAUCUGACCGUCAAGCUGUAAAUAGGGCUUUGGCUUUUAUAGGUGGCUGGUAAGUAUCUCAAUCAAAGCACUAAACCGAGUUUGUUUCCUUUCUAUAAAAACUCUAUUACUACCAGAAGUAAAUUCCUGAUGACUGCAUUAUAUGUUGUUUCCUCUUGAUUUCCUGAACAUUUAAGCAGCAAGGCCAUGUUUAAUGAAAGAA